GUCACGAUGCGCUAGGUGCCCCGGCUACCGCGCGCUGUGGGACUCGAUCCGGCCGCUCUCCGACGCGACGCAAAUCGCCAGCUCGAGCCACGGCCGCCGAGGAAAGCGAGCGCGUCUCUGCUCAGCCAGAGGGGUCCGAUCGCCGGCGUCUUCCUCCGAGGUCGAAAGACGUUUAGAUUCUUUGCAACUGCGGCGAAGCUUCGAGACGCCGUGCUGCAUCGAUGUCGCGGAAACGGUCGGCUCCGACCGGCCAGCAGUCGCCUACCUCGCCCUGCCACAAAGCCACCACGAACGUCGACGGCUACUUCGAGGCGCGGUACGGAUUAAGGCGUGCGAUGAUCGUGACGGGUGGACUGCCAUCCGGAUGUUGCUUGAACGAAAAGCCAAAGCGUAGAAAUGUCGCAAGGAGGGGAUACGCCGGAGACGCCUUGCGCCGAUACUGAAGAAGACGCUUCGGCUGCCACAGAGGCAUCGAAAGGUUGCGCUGGCUACAGAUGCGAAGAACGAGUUAAUGCAAGUUCGGUGGAAUCUCUUGCGUCCGUAGUUGUCUCCGCGGGACGAAAACGAAGGGUGCCGCGAGGAAUAACCACGAACCAGCAGGUUCGCGCCAGCCAAGUCGGCAAAAAACUUGGUUCGGUAUACUUGAAGCCACGGCAAGUACAACGCGUCAGCAGGCUGAGCAACCGGACGUUCUCUCAAAAAACGUUCGUAAGGGUAAAGGUCGUUCGACGACUUCUGGCAGUACGGCCGAAGUACAGCAGGGAUGUACCAGAUUUAAAGGAGCAUCGCAGGCAAAGCGUCGAAGGCUGUCUCAGGGCGGGCAACAACUCAAAAGCAAGGCGAGAUAAAGCGCCGUCAAAAAAUGGUCGGCGUCAAGUCGUCGACCGAGGUUCUCCAGCGCCGGCGAAGCAGCGAACGCGCAGUGUGUCGAAGACUGUGGCUGCAAAGAAAUCAGCUCUAAGCAGGACAUGCAGUGUAUCUAACAAAAAGGCAUCGAAGAACCAUGUCAUCACAAGCACUGGCAUCAUCGGACCCGAAGUGCAGUUUCAUUCACUGGGAGCGUCGUGGGACGAAACGCCUUUCGGUGGGCCCGUUGGACUUGUUGCGCUCGUGCAACCGUCUGCUGCCGCAAAGGGCGGAGGUCGACUGCUUCACAACUGCGACUCAACUGAUCCCCAGGGGAUAAUGACGACGUCGGCUACCGUCCCUGGUUCCAGUGAGAUCGCAUGUACCGUAACGGAAGACCCGCCCAGUCGGGGUACAGUCGAGCGUGUUUCUGUGAAAGUGGAGCCGAAGCCCGUCGCGAUGGAAACGGCGGUGUUUAAGGAUCCUGUAGUGGAAAGCGGUGGUGUUCGUUCAAAUUGUGCUGUAUACGUGGGGCCACGUUUUGACACAGGGAACUGGGAUUCUCAUGCCAAUAUAUGUGUCCUGUCCUCAACGUAUCGCGAAGGUGUUCACACAGAUGAGAUCGGGGCUUGUCGGCGUGAUGUAUUCAUAGACCUGACGGAAAAUGAUUGUCCAUCAACAAGUGGCUCACCGAUUUCGUCUCCUAGCUCAGUGGGUUAUGGGCGUGACUUGGAUGGUGCGACGUGUUCGCUUCCGACCCCAAUCGAGUGUACCAGUCACUUGGAGCUGGAGAGUUGA